AUGGAUAGAAGCAGUAAUAUCUCAGUUUUUAUUCUGUUGGGACUUUCCCAAAAUAAGAACACUGAAGUCCUCUGCUUUGUAUUCUUUCUAUUUUGCUACAUUGCUAUUUGGAUGGGCAAUGUACUCAUAAUGGUUUCUAUCACAUGCACUCAGCUCAUUGACCAACCCAUGUAUUUCUUUCUCAACUAUCUUUCACUUUCUGACCUUUGCUACACAUCCACAGUGACCCCUAAGUUAAUGACUGACUUACUGGCAGAAAGAAAAAUAAUUUCCUAUAAUAAUUGCAUGAUUCAACUCUUUACAACUCAUCUAUUUGGGGGAAUUGAAAUCUUUAUUCUCACAGGGAUGGCCUAUGACCGAUAUGUGGCCAUUUGCAAACCACUGCAUUACAGCAUAAUCAUGAGCAGGUAUCGAUGUAACAUGAUCAUCAUAGCUUGUUGCACAGGGGGAUUUGUGCACUCAGCCAGUCAGCUUCUUCUCACCGUAUCCUUACCAUUUUGUGGCCCAAAUGAGAUAGAUCACUAUUUCUGUGAUGUGUAUCCUUUGUUGAAAUUGGCCUGUUCAAACACACGCAUAAUAGGUCUUUUAGUCAUUGCUAACUCUGGCUUAAUUGCUUUAGUGACUUUUGUUGUUUUGAUGCUGUCUUAUUUUUUCAUAUUGUAUACUAUAAGGGCAUAUUCUGUGGAGAGCCGAAGAAAAGCUCUGUCUACUUGUAGUUCCCACUUAACUGUUGUGGUCUUGUUUUUUGCACCUGCACUAUUCAUUUACAUCAGACCGCCUACCACAUUUCCAGAGGACAAAGUGUUUGCUCUUUUCUACACCAUAAUAGCUCCCAUGUUCAACCCUCUUAUCUACACUCUGAGAAACAAAGAGAUGAAGAAUGCCCUGCAGAAAGUUUGGGGUCAUCAAGUAUUUCUCAAAGGAAGGUAA